CAACAAUUCACAACGAGCUAAGCAUGUCCCGCAUCGUAUUCACGCCUACUCCCAGCACUCAACGAAUCGGUGCUUUCACUUUGGGCACGGCCAAGCGAUGGACGAGUAGCCUGGGCGUUUGGGGUGUCGGUCUUGGAACCGCCGCUGUCUUCUUCCUAUCAACAACGCCGAAAGUGAAGAACACUUUUCUGGUCAAGAUUCCAGUUCUCGGUAGCUACUACCAGGACAAAACUCCUGCCUGUGACAAGCCCUUCUAAGCAUCCUAUGAUGCUCCCUGUCAUGCAAUACCUACAAACUAGAUUUUUAGGUUCGAGGUACUUAGAUGGCAUAAUAUAAUCUAGGCUUCCA